UCAGCUGUCCUCGUCGGGAUGAGUGCUGGACUUGUUUUUAACAAUAUUUACCACUCUUUUUGAAGAUUUUGUGUAAUCUAGGCAUAGCUUAGGCUCGCACAGGAUUGUUUUUUUGUUAGUAGUGUCUAAUAUAAGAAAGCUGGAGCACUAAUUCAAGUUCAGAUGUGAUUUAAGCUAUCUACUCAGCUGGCUGGGCAGAUAGUUUAGGUUGUCGAUUAGAUACGUCGCUUAAAUAGCUUGGUUACAUAAUACUUUUGUUUUGUUACCGGUAUAGUUACAUUUUUGAGUUGAUCCAGCUUUCUUUUUUCUCUUUGCCAAGUCUCUCAUAGGGUUUGGUUUGUAUGUCUAUGCAUAUUUCUCGCAAGGAAACCUGUCGGAGUUGUUAGGUCUUGGUGCCAUUAUAAUAGUAGGUUCAUAAAGACAGGAAAAACCACAGAACAGAUUUGCCUAUCUAAUCACAAGCUAGUCUGCGGUGCUUCCAAGAUCCACUUUGUUUUCUUUUAGAAGGUCUGUGUUGGUGAGGCACAAGCUGGCUGACAGGUGAUAUUUUCUGCCUGAAUCCUCUGAGCUGGCCUGACUGAUAGCUAUGACAUUUUCCAACAGUUGUUUUUUAUCUUCAGACUUCAAUAUUACAAGUAUCUGCUCUUGGUGCCAACGCUGUAUGAGUAAUUUUAGCUAACAAAAGCUCAGAUCGCCCCUCCAUAUUAGUUACGGCAUAUCUAGUUGUGAUAUUUUUACUAGUUAGGUCACGUUUUCCUUCCAUUUUUGCUACAAGUGUGUGAAUUAGUGCCAGUUGACUUGGUGGCUGGUUCGAAACGUAUCAAACUCAUCAGUUUGUAUCGAGUGUAUUUUUGUAAAAUCGUCAACUCCUAUACUUAGAUCUUAGUGGAAAGACACACCUUUUGCAGCUAGACCAGGUCAAGUUUAGUGGUCAUUUUUCGUAGCUCAGAGUUGAAUAAAAAUGUCAGGACAGUCCAUCACAGAUCGCAUCGCAGCGGCCCAGCACAGCAUGACUGGAUCAGCCAUCAGCAAAGCCGUCUGCAAGGCCACAACGCAUGAAGUCAGUGGACCCAAAAAGAAACACCUCGAUUACUUGAUCCACUGCACCAAUGAGAUGAAUGUGAACGUGCCACAGUUGGCCGACUCUCUGUUUGAAAGAACCACCAACAGCAGCUGGGUUGUGGUCUUCAAAGCGCUCAUCACCACACACCACCUAAUGAUGUAUGGAAAUGAGCGUUUCAUUCAGUAUCUGGCCUCAAGAAACACGCUCUUCAAUCUGAACAAUUUCCUUGAUAAAGGUGCAUUGCAAGGCUAUGACAUGUCCACGUUCAUCAGACGGUACAGCAGAUAUCUCAAUGAAAAAGCCCUUUCCUAUAGGCUGGUGGCUGUGGACUUUACCAAGAUGAAGAGAGGUAUUGAUGGAGUCAUGCGUACCAUGAACACAGAGAAGCUGAUCAAAACGUUGCCUAUCAUUCAAAACCAGCUGGACGCGCUGCUGGAUUUCCAGGCUAACCCUAAUGAGCUGACUAACGGAGUGAUCAACGCUGCCUUCAUGCUGCUCUUCAAAGACUCCAUCCGUCUGUUUGCUGCCUAUAAUGAGGGUGUUAUCAACCUGCUGGAGAAAUACUUUGAUAUGAAGAAAAACCAGUGUAAAGAUGCUCUGGACAUCUAUAAGAAGUUUCUGUACAGGAUGAGCAAGCUGUCAGAGUUUCUUAAAGUGGCUGAGCAAGUUGGGAUUGAUCAGGGUGACAUCCCAGAUCUCACUCAGACGACUAGAGGAUCUUACCUUGCUCCCAGCAGUCUCCUGGAGGCUCUUGAGCAGCACCUGGCCUCUUUGGAGGGAAAGAAAACCAAGGAGCUCUCCGCUGACAACAGAGCCAACACUCUGUCCAAUGCGGUGUCGUCCCUGUCCAACACGGGCAUGUCCUUCUCCUUCUCAUCCAGCAGGAUGGACGAGAAGGAGAAACAGCAGGCCCUGGAGGAGGAGCAAGCCCGUCUGCAAGCUCUCAAGAACCAGCAUCUGAAGGAGAUCAGCAUGCAGACGCCCUCCACCUCACCCAGCACACAGUCUAUGGGUAGUGUCAACAACCACACUGCGGGCAUGGACCUGUUCACCAACACCACAAGCCCACCCUCAACAAACAGCAUGCCAAACCUCACCAGUGACUUGUUUGACCUCCAGCCUGCCUUCAUUCCUGCUGUGCAUUGCACUCCUAUCUCCACCGUCAGCAAUGCCUGGGGAGGUCUAGAAAGCAGCACUCUUCAUCCCAUGGCUUCCCUGUCCACCAUGAAUGUAGAUUUUGAUGCUGUAUUUGGGACUAAUGCUUCCAAUAGUGAUGUGAAGCCAUCAGCUGGAGACUUGUUGAAGCCCGCGGUGACCGUUCACAGUCAGGCACCAGUCAUGCCCCCUCAUACAGCCAGUAAACUGUUGGCCAAUGACCUGGACUCGUCCCUGGCCAACCUCGUAGGCAACCUGCACUUUGGGGGAACACCAGGCAAAAAGUCUGAUAUGCUGUGGACUCAGCCUGGAGAGAGGAAGCUGACCGGUGGCACUAACUGGCAGUCAAAGACAAUGAGCAGCACCACUGCCUGGAGCCCCGCCCCCUUGCCACCUGCCGCCAUGCCACCCGCCGCCAUGCCCGUGCCACACUUGACUGGAAUGUUCUAUACUAGUUAUGCUCCUGCUCCCAUGGCGUUUCCCAUGACAACACCUCAAGUGCCUGUUUAUGGAAUGGUCCCUCCUCAGCUGGGACAGAUGGGAGGGGUUCCAGUAAUGACCCAACAACCCAUGUUGUACAACCAGCCUGUUCUCAGACCCACUAACCCUUUCACCCCCAUCCCUGGGGCCCAGAUGCAGUUCAUGUAAGUAGCACUUAAGCAGAGCGCCAAACAAGACGGCUGAAAAGAACAACAAGCAAGUGAGAGGAGGAUCCGACUACCACCAAAUAAAAGGAGAUCAAGACUAAAAGAAAGAGUGUGCAUAUUGAAAGGAAUGUGUUUGUGUCAAGAAUGCUUACCUCACUGUCUGAAACGGCUUACCAAACACACACACACAUAAACGAGAGCGCAUACAGUGUGUCAUUUUUCAGCUCUUGAGGUUCAUUUCUUUCCUGGGGCACGGUGUCUACUGGCAGGUGUGAUACAUCAUAGAUAUCGUAGAUUUUAUUGCAGAUAUUAAAUUACCUUGCACAGAGCACUCUUCUUUUCUUUUCUUUUUUUACUUCAUAAUUAAUAUGAAUUAGAUCUAAAGCCCAACACAGUGGACUUCCUGUUACUGUCAUUUUUUGCUCUGUUACGAAGAUGCCUAUGUUGAGUUCAGGAAAACAGUAAAUGUCAAAGUAAAUGCCCUGAACGGUGCAGGUUGCUAGAUCAUAAACACGUUUAAAUGGCUCAUUAACACAAUGCCCUGGCUUCUCAUUUCAGAACAAGGAAAGAAUUUGACCUCUUAUAUAAGGUGAUCUGAACCCCCAAGCACUUUACACAUGCAUUUAUGUGUAACAUUAUAUAUAACAUUGAGCUGGUCUCUUAUAUCUAGAAUGUUAGUAGUCUAAUGUUAACAAAUAAUGUGUUACUGUUACCGAUGGCUACUGUUCAAAACGGUUAGUCAAUCCGUCAUUGUUUAUACUGGUUUAAGGGUUUCUGUUUCAGACAUGAUGGUGGUCUUGCACAUACAUACGCGCACACAAAUUGGUGUUACGUGAGCCACAUGAAGAGCCCCCUCUCACUGGCCUCCCACCUUGUUUUGUCACUCCAAGGACACUGAUAAACAUAUCUGCUCCUGCUCUUCUGUGUUAACCAAACAUGUCACGCAUUUACAACUACAUCUCACACUCUGAGCCCACUCCCACAUGUACCACCCACCCUGGGAGCAUUGGAGAAGGGUACAGGGUGUGUGGCUCUAUUCAAAAAUCUGUUUUUAAUUAGGGUUUUGUUCAGUCCUUUGUUUUUUAAUCUUUUUUUCUAGAAAGCAUGUUAUAUAUGUUUUUUUUAUUAUUUCAGAAAAUGACAUGAAUUAAAAUGGUCUGUUUUAUGUUGCCAAAAUAUGUACUUUUGUGAUUCGAGAAAUGCCAUAAGCGAACUCUUGUACUCCGCGCCUGACCUCACGAUUCUUUCUCUGAAGGACGUGCGUAUCGGUGUUUGCCAACUUUGGAACCAAAAUCAAUAGCUAAAAUCUAUUUUUAGUAUGUUUUUCAGAAUACGGGGCACUGUUAACAGGGUAUCUUUAUUUUUGCUUGUGCAGCCAAAGCAUUUUUGGUCCUCCUGAAAUCCCUUUAACACUUUCUAGAGCAGGCUUCCACUUCAGCCUUCACAUCAUCCCAUAAUUCCUGCUUUGUUUCUUCAUGCUAGAUUUAGUGAUAACGUUUAGUUUUUAUUCUGCAUGGACUGAUAGAACGUCAGUUGAGAUAUGCUGUGGUUGUAGUUGUGCCAUGAUGAAUGAACCCCAAGAAGCUGUGGUUUACAAUGAUUUUAAAAUCGUAGUGAUUUUAGAGUGAUUUUAGAAUUUCCACUCCUUGUCGUGCCUAACAAUGCUUUUUAGCUGUUCUAAAAUCACUGUAAACUACAGCUUCAUGGGACUUAUUGCUUUUUUUAAAUGAUCACUACAUAUCGCUGGCAAGGUUUCAUAAUGUAAGCACACAUAAAUGCAAACUUUUAAUAAUUUAUUGGUAACAAACAAUAAUCCUUCCUCAGUCAGUCAUACACAUUUGGAGUUCCAUUAGGGUGAAUAAGUCUGAUUUUGACCUUCCAUCAGUUCAAGUGUGGUCUUUGCUUAGGACAUCAUCACAGCAAGUUUCAUGUUGUUGUUGUAAUUUGUGCUUUGUGACUGCCUGCCCUUCGUUUUGUAGAAACAAUCUGCAUCAUGUUUCUCUGCUUGCUUAUUUCUGUGUGAGUGCAAGAGUUGGUUACUAAUUCCUUAUUGAGCAUCUCUUAACAAGCUUGUGAGUUUAUUCUCCUUUGAGCGCCGUCAGGGGGUCCAGCAGGUUCAGACUGAAAGCUUUUUACAUGCAGGCUCAAUGUUGAUGCUCUCGCUGGGUUUGCAAGGUAACAGGGCACUGAAGAGCGAUGCCGUUUAAUUAGAAUCUCUUCUAUUAUCCACUCACAGGAGGCUUGGUUUGUGAGUGAGAGAGUAAAUGUACGAUGGUGAGCUUCAGGGAGGGUGAAAGAUCUCAAGAUGUACAAGGGCGCUAUCAUGAGCUGGGGUUUCCAUGGUAAUCUCCUGUUUCUGGUCCUUGGCACAGGUCGAUGAGCACAGCGUUUCCUUCUCUUAGUCAUAUUUUGUCUUUUUUAAAAUAUAUUAUUAAAAGCUCUGCAUGCAUUAGCAGCCCUGCCUGCGGUGAAGACUGUGUCUUCAGAUGCAAGUUUCUUUGGCAACCUAUGAGAGUAGGGCUUUCGGAUAACCUAUAGGCUUGUCGACUUGUUUCACUGGCUACGGGUCAUGACCGCUUUUUCUCUGACACACCAAAGGCUUUUCUUUACUUGGUUUUGCUGAGUUGAGGCGUUCAAGUAGCAAACUUUCAUUUUUAUUUAGAAUGCCUGCUAUGCAUAGAAACGUUCCCUAUGAUCUUGCUUUCACAGCUCCCCCUUGUGGUUGCUGUUUGUCAUCUUUUAUAUAAACAGCAGCUAGUUUGUCCUUUGUUUGCUGUUUAUGGGGCAGUUGUGCAGACAAAGCAAAUGUCUUGAGUGUAUUGGACUCACCGCUCUACAUUCCAUCCUUUAUUUUAGAGCACUCGACCAGACUGAAGAGCAGCCAACUCCAGUGUACUUCUGAACUACUUAGCCUGAUUUUAUACGUCUCGGCUGGGCUCAUUAGCUGGCCUGGAAUACUCAGCUCAGCAGCGGCCUUUCAGAAUCGAUGUGUCAGCGUGUGCCACACGUCUCAGACCUCUGGUGGGGAUGCUUGGUGUUCAGGUCCUUUUCACCUUUGGGCUGUCAUGGAGCUGUCUUGGCUUCUCUGGCUUUAAUGAUUUUGUUUUAGGUGGGUUAUCUGUCUGCUACAUUCUUAUUAGCAUCUUUUUGUCCUUAUUUUCCUGUUACAAAGAUAUAUGCAGUAUGUUUAGAAAUAUGUAUUCAGUAGAAGCGCCAUCAUCCCCAUGUAUCAGCCCAGGGGAGCAAUGCAGCAACUUUUUUUUUUAUCCAUUUAUCAUCAAAUGCCAAAAAAGAGAGCACACAACCUCCAUGUUUAUGCUGAUUUCCCCACUGUGUUUUUUGUAAUUUAUUUAUGCAGACCAUAAGGAAUUUAUUCAGCAUGGUGAAAAUAAAAAGCAGAAACUGUGGGAUUGUUUAACUUUUUUUUAUUUUGUCUUUCAUUUUUGUUUGCCUUUCAUUCACAUAAAUAAAGUCCCUUUUCAUUCCCGAGUUGUUGGUUAUUUUUGUUUAGUUUCAUUGUCUGGAAGAUCAUUGCCCUCGAGUUCAUUUUGGAUGACCUGACGUCCGGUUCUUUUGUUUUCUCUUCUCUGGCCUCUUGAAAUUGCACUUCAUGUCUGCCUCACGGCCCAUAAUGCAGGGUUUUUACAGUAUGAACGCACGUUUUAAAUACCUGGUCAAAUUUGUGUAGUGACGUGUUGUGUUGUUUUUGUGUCUGUCAAUGUGAUUUCUGUUGAAUCUAUUGCACGAGUUUCACUGCAACAGGAACCACCUGAUUUUUCUUUGUAGCACUUUUUGACAGUGGACUCAGAAACAGGAAAAUCAACCAAUGUUUCUUUGUAUAUCUUCUGUUUUAAUAUCAACUUCAACUGUUUUGAAGUUGUCCAGACCGUUAAACGUGUAUGUGAAGCUGGUUAUAAUGUAUGGAAAAAGAUGUACAGCAGCGCCUUCCAUUUUGUGGUCCUUUCCCCAACUUCACAGCAAGUCUUUGGCUGUUCGGUUCAUCUAAAUGAUAAAAUGGUUCUGUGAGAGUUCAAAUUACUCUCUAGUAGACCGUUUCCCAUCAUGACAUUAAGUUAGUUCCUGGACUAUGUGGCCAGGCAUUCAGUCUGAUUCCAUUAGUUACUAAGUAACCAAAUCUGGUUUAGAUUAUUUAACCAUUUGCUCUACUCAUCUGAAGGUCAACCACAUUGUGCAGUCACUAUUUUUUCAUUAUGUACCGUUGGGGAAAGGAAUCGGACAUGUCUGGUUGUGCUUGUACAUCAACUCUCUCAAGUCUGGUAGAAGGCUUGUAUUGGUAGUCAUCUGUGAAACUUUUAAUCUGUAACUAAAGCUGAAUCAAACACCCUCUUCAUUGACUUUUCAUCUGCAACUGCCUUUGGUUUCGCCGUGAGCUUCAUGAACCACACAGCACUGGUUGAAGUCAACGAUCUUAUGAUACCAGUCUCUCUUGAACUGUCGUAUGUACGCCUGCAAUGAAACGAUCAACCCAGAACCAAGAGAUGUGAUAGAUUUAACUCCCAUUUUCUUUCGAUCGCUUUAUAAUUUGUACCCGUUUUCUUGCAUGUUUUUGUAUCUGACAUGCCUGGGAAGGUUUCACAGUUCCAUGUAACGUUUGCGAAGUUCUAUUAAAUAUGGUGCUGUUUUUUAGUAACCAGUUGUUGUCGUAGUGAUGGACGGGUUCUGUGUUUAUCUGUUAUUUUUAUGAUUUGUCAGUGGUUGGUUGUGCUGAUCUGGUAUGUUAUAUUCCUUCUCGCAAUUUUUGCUCGAGUCAGUUUUUGUAAGUUCUUUCUUUCUGUCUCAGUCCCUGUUUUGUUGUCUGUAUUUGUGAAGAAAAUUUAUGGUUGCAAGCCUCUAACCUGAACCAUGAGUGAAUGCCUUGUGAAUAAAUGGAUUUAACGCUCGCUCUCACCGGUUUCUUAAUAAAGGACAUUUUUAACAGA